AUGAAAAAACCGGGCGUGGCAUCUGCUUCGUCAAGUGAUCAAGUUAACGAUAGGGUCAAUGGACCCCAGAAGAUAGAAUCGCACAUGAAAUACACAGAGAAACCAAUCGACGAUAGCUAUUUCGAAAACCUUGGGAGAUUUAGUAUUCGUAGCAUCCAACCCGACGUUCUCGACAUCUUCGUGCAAAAAUUUAGAACACGAAUCGAGGUUCUAUCACAUGACUGGUUAAGAUGCAGAUACUCACAAGAGGUCCCUUUUGGCAGAUUUCCGAUUGUUAGCAUUAGGCGCGUGGUCCGGCUUGUCGAUCAAUCAACGCACAGCUAUAUGGGAAAGAGAGAAUUGAUCAAGCGAAUCAAAAGAUUAAUCACCUGGCUAUUGUUGGUCAAUACAGCUAUCCUCAGACGAUUCACUUCAUCCUCUAAUCCAGAGAGUGAAAUGGCUUCCCAUGUGAAAUUGAUUGACCGCAUAACCAGAGAGAUUUUUGAGCCCGAAUCUGGCAUCCCUAUUAUAGGAAAAGUAGAGCUGGAGAAUUUCAUCCCUGAUGAAAGCGUAUUCCAGAAACAUCAAGUUGAUAUAAUUGAACAUUUGACAAGAGGUCUUUCCAACUCCGUAGCUGUUAGAACGGCUUGUCGUCUAGCUGUGGAAUACUACAAAGACUACAAUCCCCACAUAGCCAGUAUGCUCGGUGGUUCUGACGAAGCCAGGUACGCUUUCCUCAUGAAUGUUGUUGUAGUAGAUGCCAUUGAAUCGAGAAUGAAUAUCCGCAACACGCUGAAUACUUUGAGUCGAGCUGGGGCCCAAUCUGCGGAAUUAAGACUGAUCGGACUGAAAGAGUUUCCUGAGGGGAUAAAACCUCAAAAGAACUAUCCCGAUAUGAGCUUACUUGGAUUCAAGGAGAACAGCAUGCUUCAAGAAAUACAGAACAAGCAUAGUGUUAGAGAACUUACAAUUCGAACCCCCCAGAAUUGUGAAGAUCUUCCAGUCCAAGUUCUGAGCCUACCAUCAUCAACACAUUUGAUACGGAUGACAAAUAAAUUUCAUGAAACCAUUUCUACUCAAAAGAUUCUAGAAAAGGCCAAAGGUCUUCUUAAUUACACACUUCUGUGCCAAAUAAUAUUUGUAGGACAAUUCAAAAAUGAUGAUGGGACUGAGAAGAGUGAAGAUUUACAUCUGCUUCAUCAGAACUUUCUUGAUUUUCUUUACAACGAAUCAUUUCAACCAGCCCAUAGUCUGCCAAUUUUUGGACAAGCUCUAAAUUUUAAUGAUCUAGACGCGCUAACAAGCUCAAGAUUUGGAGAAGUACAAAAGCUUUUGAUCAGCUAUUUCAGUGAAUCUAGAGCACACGAGAUUCUACCCCAGAUUUCAGUUGCCUUACUUGAAUAUUGGUAUCGGAAGUACAACAAGCCUCAAUGGUUGAUUUUCUUCACAGAUGAGAAACACUUUGAUAAGAAUAGAGUAUUGGCUCUACUGGAACAAAACCAAGAUUUUUUCAAGGGUUUUCGGAAAGAAGACUUCAAAAGAACUAGCAAUCCAAACUUGGAAGAGAGCACAAGAAAGAGAGGAAAACAAGAAACUUGA